AUGAGCUCCCCGGGUCAGCAACAACCAGCUCCGGAUCCAGCUCGUCCUCUCACGGAUCUAUACGAAAACCCGUACUACCUUCAUUCGUCUGAUCACGCUGGCUUGGUUUUGGUUACCGAUCGUUUAUCAUCAGGCUCGAAAUUUCAUUCUUGGCGUCGAUCUGUGAGGAUGGCGUUGAAUGUUCGCAACAAGCUAGGGGUCAUUGAUGGAACGAUUCUGAGGCCUCCUCCUGCUCAUCAUGAUUAUGGUUCUUGGUCGAGAUGUAACGAUAUGGUGGCGACCUGGCUUAUGAAUUCCGUUUCUAAGAAGAUUGGUCAAAGCUUAUUGUUCAUGUCGACGGCUGAAACCAUUUGGAAGAACUUGUUGGCUCGUUUUAAGCAAGAUGAUGCUCCUCGGGUGUAUGAGAUUGAGCAGCGUCUGAGUUCAAUUCAACAAGGAUCAAUGGACAUCAAUACAUACUAUACCGAGCUUGUUACUUUGUGGGAGGAGUAUAGGAACUAUGUGGAGAUUCCGGUAUGUACUUGUGGUCGUUAUGAGUGCAAUGCCGCUUCUUUAUGGGAGAAGAUGCAUCAGAAGAGCCGCGUUACGAAGUUUCUUAUGGGAUUGAAUGAAGCAUAUGAGUCUACACGGCGUCACAUCCUUAUGUUGAAGCCCAUUCCUGACAUUGAAGAUGUCUUUAAUAUGGUGGCUCAGGAUGAGAGACAAAAGACUAUCAAGCCUUCUACAAGACUGGAUACAAUUGCUUUUCAAAACUCUGGUCCUAUAGACUCUGCUGCUAUUAACCUUCCAAAGUCUAGCUUCUAUAACGGUCUUACUGACAAUGCAGCUUAUGCAGCGGCUUAUCAAGGCAAUUGA